AUCACUUUGACAGCAGCCAACCGCGUGGUCAUCUACGAUCCCAGCUGGAACCCGGCCACGGACGCCCAGGCAGUGGACCGGGCGUACCGCAUCGGACAGACGGAAAACGUCGUCAUCUACCGGCUCAUCACUUGCGGCACUGUGGAGGAGAAGAUCUACCGCCGGCAGGUUUUCAAAGACUCCCUCAUCAGGCAGAACACCGGCGACAAGAAGAACCCGUUUCGGUACUUCAGCAAGCAGGAGCUGAAGGAGCUCUUCACGCUGGAGGACACCAGGUCGUCGUCCACGCAGCUGCAGCUUCAGGAGCUUCAUUCCCGACACCGACGGACCGACUCGGAGCUGGACGAGCACAUCGCUCACCUCCACGCCAUGGAGAUGUUCGGCAUCUCCGACCACGACCUCAUGUUCUCCCUGGACGUCCACAACGACGAGGCGCCCGAGAACCAGAGGAGCACCAGUACAUCGAGGGGCGGGUCCAGAAAGCCCAGGAGCUGAUGAAGGCUGAGUCGGAGCUGCAGGUGCAGCUGGCAGAAAACAUGAUGUCCAGCACAGAACCAGCCUGGCUCAGACAACCAGCAAACAGCAGAGGGUCGCAUGAGAGGAACCCAAGAAGUCCUAAACAGAGUCCUGCAUGUCCACCGCAGGACCACAAGUUCAACGAGUCAGUGUUUGGGUUGGAUUUGGACCAGGACAACCAGCAGAACCUGACUGACCGAGUUAUCGACGUGUCUUCCAGAGUCAGCAGUGGCCUUGAGUCCCUGAACGGGAACUUCCAGUUACAGCUGGACGACAGCGACGUGUCCUUAGAUGAUCCGGACACCGAAGCCGAGGAGCGACGGCUGCUGUCUCAGCUGCACAUGGAGGGAAGCUUCAGCGUCAACAAGUCUCUGUCUGAGCAGCAGCAGAGAGAAGCUUCCAGGCAGAACAUCAGCCUCGUCACCACCAUGGACGAGUCGGCGGACGAUUCCAUCAUGGCGACCAGGAAGAAGAGAGCGGCGGUGAUUUAUGACAGCGAGGAGGAGGACGAAGAGCAGCGGCUAAUGAAGAGCCAACUGGAGAACUCCUUCCAGGCCCUUGGAGCUUCAACACCCAAAUCUGGUUCCACUCCUGCGAGAUCCAGAAGGAGCGUCGGAGGAAACACCUCUGUGGCGUCACGUCGGUCGCUGCUGCGGUCCAUCAUGGAGGUCAUGGACGACCAGGCAGAGGAGGAAGAUGAAGGCCAUGAUGAUGAACGUUCUGAUGAAGCUGAGGAGGCCGAGAGCUACGAGUGUCUGGUGAGCAGAGGGAAGGAAUGUUUCAGCAGAGCUCAGCUGGACGAAGCUCUGGGCUUCUUCCUCAGAGCCAUCGACAUCCAGCCUGGAGACCCCGAAGUCCAGCUGAUGACCAUCCAGCUGUACCGGCAGCUCAGUCAGAGGAGCCAAUCAGAGGCUCCUCAGCUGGAGAAGAAGAAGGAGAAGAAGAAUAAGAGGAAGAGGAAGACAAAGAAGAAUAGGAAGAAGAGGAAGACAAAGAAAACAAAGAAGAAGAAGAGGAAGACAAAGAAGAUGAAGAAGAAGGCAAAGAAGAAGACGAAGAGUGGUGGUGCAUUCACUGACCUCCAUCUUCUCCACCAGGACACAGUAAAUGGGAGACUGACAGAGGAUUCUUCUUCACUUCAACUCUCUGAGCAGCAUCAUGUCGGCGUAGCUCCGCCUCCUGUUCUGAUUGGUUCUGGAUACUCAGUCCACGGUAGCAGGUUCUCUACCGGCAGUUCCUCAGAGCCGGUCAGGAGAAGCCUUCAUCCCCCGAAUCUGGGACAAGUUAAUUCAGCUGGUGGCGCUGGUGAAGCCAAAUGA